AUGAGUUCAUGUUUUCCUCGGAAGGAUGAUAAUAAUUCGAAGAAUGGGGCAAUGUUACUGAAACAGUUGAUUGCCACUUGUAAUGGCAAAUGUAAUCCUAUUCGUAGUUUCUCCGAGAAAGAGCUCAGGAAAGCAACUAUUAAUUAUGACAAUCAAAGAUUAAUUACAACAAAUAAAACAUUUUAUAGGUUGUACAAUGGCUUUCUACAAGACCGUCAGAUUUGUGUUAUGAAGUUUGAACCCAUUUGCUUCCCACACGAAGAAGAAGUAAUCCAACGGGGCAUCAAUAACAUUGUAUUUGCAGCACAAAUGAAGCAUAAGAAUUUUCUGAAGUUGAUCGGAUGUUGUUUAGAAACUCGAGUUCCCAUUCUAGCUUUUGAUUCCGUUGGAUGUAUUACACUUGCUGAUCAUAUUUUGGGUCAUUCUCAACCCCGUCUUGGACCUUUAUUGUUGAAACUUAGGUUAAAGAUUGCAAUGGAGAUAGCUCAUGCACUUGCAUAUCUUCACCUUGGAUUCCCUAGACCUAUUGUUUUUGGAAGUCUCGGACCAUGGAACAUUUUACUUGAUGAGCAAUAUGUUGUAAAACUAUUUGAUUUUUCAGUAUCUGAGUUUAUUGCAGAGGGUAAAACUCAGUUGGAAGUCCCUUUGGUGAAAAAAGUAUGGUAUGAAUAUGUUCCACCCGAGUUUUUACCUACAGUAAAUCCCAAUAGGAAGUUUAUUUGCAAUGAGAAGGUUGGUGUCUGUAUGUUUGGCGAAUUGCUAUUUAUGCUUUUGAGUGGACUAAGCUUAAAAAACUUUCUCAAGAAUAAAGGUUUUCAGAUGGAGGAUAUUGGACCUGAUAAUCUAAAUGAGAUAAUAGAUCCGGUAAUUGUUGGAGAGGGAAUAUGUUCAGUAAAAGAACAACAAUUGCUAGCUCUUGCAAGGCUUGUGUCGGAAUGUCUCUCUCCUGAACCAGAAGAUAGGUCAAAUAUGAUAGAUGUGGCAAAGCAACUCAGAAAAAUGUACAAGUCUAGCUAG